GGUCGUGGAUCACGGCCGAGAUUUAUACCGCACGGCGUUCUCUUCGUUAUCUCUGUCGCGUUGAAGCGAUAUCGGAUACCGGAGCUCACGCGCUCGACGCUCGUGUAUCGUGAAUUCAUGAUAGAACAAGCAACGCGAAUACGCGAUACACGACUGUACAACAACUGUAGACUAGUCAGACUACUAGAGUACUAGACUGCAGUUUUGCAGUAGUGCCUAGUGGCUAGUGCAGUAGUGCUGUCUGCUGCUCUCUGCAGUACGAAUAUUGCGUACGGUUUUCUAAUCGUACAAUAUUACAAUGUACAGCCUUUUUUUCGGAAUUCGACGAUUUGGUUCAUUUAAGAUUUAUCUUUAGUUGUGCUUAAAACGUUGUUUUAUUCUGUUGUCUAUGUUUCUCCUCAUUCUACAGCUGUUUUCUCGAAUAUUCGACGAUAGGAGAAUAUGUUUCUAUACCGAUGGCUAACUGACGAUGAUGACGUGCUCCGUUAACACGUCACGCAGCUGUUACAGCAACCAUCGGUAGCCGUUAUCCGUUGAACAAUUAUGGAUAUCUCGGUGAUUGCGAACGAUUCUUCGCCUUCAAAAACCACCGAAAAUAGCGAUCGUGUAGACAACAUUCAGGUUGUGGAUGAUGACGAGGAGGAAGAAGAGAGUUGCACCUCCGAUAUAAACCGACUGAAAGUACUUGGUGAAGAUCAACUAGAACUACCCAGUGAAGAUGAACAGAAAGUACUCGGCGAUGUCGUUCGACAGCAACGAGAUGAGCUGGACUACUAUCAGCGGCAAUUGGCUAUCAAUGAACAUAAAUACCUGACAGACGUCAGUGAUUUGCGAUCGCAGUUACAGUCUUCAAAGAAAAUGUAUGACACUGCUAAGAAUGAGAAGGAAGCAGCGUUCAUGCGCUAUGUGCUUAAAGAAAAAGAAAUUCUUGACUUAAACACAGAAAAAAAAAAACUGAUGGAUAGCCUAAAGGAAAAGGACAAGCAGAUUGCACGGUUGAAAGCCAAUUGUAAAGAUGUGGCCAGUUGUACUGCUGCAUUAGAAACAAAAAAUAAAGAAAUAAAGGAAUAUAAGGUUAUUAUUGACUUGCUUAAAGAAGACAAGUCGAAAAUGUCUAAAGACUUGGAAUUCUGGAAAAACAAGCAUGAACAUGAGUCAAAGUGUUCUCUCGAAACAGAAAGUAAAUUACUUCACGAAAUUCAAGAACUGCAAAAUAGAUUGGAAUCAUUGACCAAACAAAACGAAUCAUUUAAUGAAGAAAGUAAUUUAGAAAAGAUAAUAUUGAAUAGUAAAAUAUAUUUGGAUUCGAAGAAAUGUUCAAAGCAACAACUUGAAGAGAUGAACAAAUUAAAAAAUGUUAUCGAAGAGUUGAACAAUCAAUUAACUAAAUGCACCAGUACUGUUAACUCUUUGGAAAAUGAAAAUAUUGAUCUUAAAACGUAUAUGAAAAGCUGUGAAAUCAAAACUAAUGAAUUACUUAUGUUCACUGAAAGUUUGAGUUCUCGCAAUGCAUCACUGCAGUCAGAAUGUCUAAACUUACAAACAGCUUUGGACAAAUUACAAAGUGACUGUGAUGUAUUGAAACAAAAAAAUAAUGAUCUCAAGAUUGCUUUUAGAUCACAAGAGGAGAGUAUGGCAAAAGAAAAAGAGCUUUAUGAUUGCGACAAAAAAGAACUGGCUAGCCAUUUGGCGUAUAAAAUGCAGAUGAUUGCAGAUUUGAAAACCACACUGGAGCGCACCCAAGAUGAUUUGCACGUUUCCAAACGGAAGUUCAAAACUACUGUGUCCGAGCUGACUAAAGAGUUACAGAAAAAAAACAUUGUUGAUACCUCUGUUGAAAUGAAAAUGGUCUUAGAUAAAAUGGUCAAACUGCAGCAAGAAAAUGCAAGGAUAUGCGAAAAACUAGAUUUUGUUGAAGACCACAACAAGCAUUUGCUGUGUGAACUUAAGAAAAAAAGUAGUAUUAUGCAAAAACAUGGUAUACCUAGUAGCAAGAAUGGCCUAUUGUCCGGUCUGAGUGAACAGAAACCAGAACGUUACUGACAAUAUGUAUACUAUCAACAGUCAACUAUUUAAAACAUUAUCACUGUAUAUCUGCUCUAAUUUAUAGAUAUUCAUUAUUAUUUUUUAACUUUAAUACAAACCAAGUAUUUAAUCUAGUCCUAUUAUAUUAUUAUCGAUUAUUAUUAUUGUGAAUGUUGUUACUUUUUAUUACAUAAAUAAAAAAAAUAAUGUAUAAUUUAAAAUCAAAA